AUGGCAGAUGGAUGGAGUCCUCAUUCCCCAAUCAGGCCUCACUACUCAGCAUCUUGUCUCUAUGCUUCCGUGACCUCGUGCCUCUGAAUACCCUUGUUCAUUCGCCUUUUUCACACACCCCCCCCCCCGUCUCUUUGCAUCUUUGCAGGUCACACUCGUGACUCCUCUCCGACACUCGCCCCCAGUCCGUGGCUACACAAAGGAGACCCUCUGCUGUCCGGUUCCUCAGGACAGGAGUCGCCAGCGAAUCUAGGGUCAGGCUCAGCGCUGUCGGAAGCGCGCACAGCCCCGUGCAUCCUGCUGCACUGGAGCUAUGCCGCCAGAUCCUGCUGGGCCCGGGCGCCCCACGCCGGCAGGUCGGCCCCGCAGGGCGCAUGCGCCGGCCCAGGAGCCGGUUUCCCAGCCACCCCAUCGCGGGUUCGUGGACACGCGACUCUCGGGCUGGCGGGAGCGCGCGCGUGGGGAGGGGGUGUGUGUGCAGGGCAGGGGCGCGCGGCACCGCUCGCGCAUGCGCAGGGUCAGGCGGCGGCGCGAGCCGAGCUGGGAGAUGGCGGCGGCGUUGAGCGAGUGAGCAGCCGCCCGGGAGCCGCCGGCCCGGGCCCAGCACGGCCCCAGCCCCUCGCGCCCGCCAUGGGCAACGAGGCUAGCCUGGAGGGUGGCGAUGGGUCGCUGCCGCCCGGAAGCUCCGGCCCGAGCCCGGGCCCCGGAGCCGGAAAGCCGCCUUCAGCACCUGCCGGCGGCGGACAGCUCCCUGCAGCGGGCGCGGCGCGGGGGACGGCGGGACCCCCGGGCCCCGGGCCUGGUCUCGGUCCGGGUCCCGGUCGGGGUCCUGGGCUUGGUCCCGGGCCCGGCCCUGGUCCUGGAGGUCCCGGAGGUCCCGGAGGCCCCGGAGGCCCCGGAGGCCCCGGAGGUCCCGGCCCCGGCCCCGGCCCGGGUCCGGGCAGGAGACUGGACCCCAAGGAGCCCCUGGGUAGCCAGAGAGCUGCUUCCCCAACCCCGAAGCAAGCUCCUGCUGCCGCCCCCAGCCGCGAGAGCCCCCGGGAGGCUGAUGGCCCCCGCAGGACCCUGCAAGUGGACAGCAGGACACAGAGAUCGGGACGCUCCCCAUCCGUGUCACCAGACAGAGGCAGCACCCCCACAUCACCCUACUCCGUGCCCCAGAUCGCCCCUCUUCCUAGCAGCAUGCUGUGUCCCAUAUGCAAGACCUCGGACCUCACGUCGACCGCCAGCCAGCCAAACUUCAACACCUGCACCCAGUGUCACAGCAAGGUCUGCAACCAGUGUGGGUUCAACCCCAACCCUCACCUCACCCAGGUGAAGGAGUGGCUCUGUCUCAACUGCCAGAUGCAGAGGGCUCUGGGGAUGGACAUGACCACUGCACCUCGCUCCAAGAGUCAGCAGCAGCUGCACUCCCCAGCCUUGUCUCCUGCCCACUCCCCAGCCAAGCAGCCCCUGGGGAAGCCAGAGCAAGAGAAAUCUGGAGGUCCUGCAGGGCCAUCACCUGGCCCUCACCAAGCUGAGGCAGCCAGGGCCACCUCAGUGCCGGGGCGCGCCCAAGCUGAUGUACCCCCAGAGGUGGGAAGGGCGUCUCCUCAACCCCCUCAGCCUACCAAGCCUUCCACAGCUGAGCCCAGGCCACCUGCUGGAGAGGCCCUGGCCAAAAGUGCCACCACAGUGCCCUCAGGGUCUGGUGCUGCUGAGCAGACCCAGGAAGGCCUCACUGGGAAGCUCUUUGGCCUUGGGGCAUCCCUGCUGACCCAGGCAAGCACCCUCAUGUCUGUGCAGCCCGAGCCCGACCCCCAAGGACAGCCUGCUCUCAGCAAGGGGCCACCCAAGAUCGUCUUCAGUGAUGCCAGCAAGGAGACUGGCCCAAGACACCCAAGCUCAGGGCCCGGGCUGGGGCCAGCACCUGGAGCCAAAACUGAGCCUGGAGCUAGAACAGGGCCUGGGCCUGGGCCUGGCGCCCAAGCAAGAACCGGGGGGACACCCAGCCCAAAGCAUGGCAGAGCAGAACAACAGGCCAUACCCAAGGCCACUGCCAAGCCAAAGACAGUGCCGAAGGAAAGGGCCGCCUGCCCUCUGUGCCAAGCCGAGCUCAACGUGGGCAGCAAGGGCCCAGCCAACUAUAACACCUGUACCACCUGCAAGCUCCAGGUGUGCAAUCUGUGUGGCUUCAACCCAACGCCCCACCUGGUGGAGAAAAGUGAGUGGCUCUGUCUGAACUGCCAAACUAAGCGGCUGCUGGAAGGUAGCCUGGGAGAGCCGACGCCCCUGCCGCUUGCCUCACAGCAGCCCCCUGGAGGGAGCCCCCAACGUGCACCUGGAACGGCCCCUCAGAAACAAAAAGGGCCACAGGGGCUGGGCCAGCCGUUAGGCCCAGCACCUGCCAAGGCCAGUCCCCCACCCACCAAGGCUAGCACCCAAGCUAAGCCCCUCAGGGCGGCGGAACCCAUCAAGACCCCAAGUAGCUCCCAGGAGAAGAAGACAACAGUCCCAGCGAAAGCUGAGCCCAUAACAAAACCACCUCCAGAGACUACUCCACCCCCUGGGCCUCCUAAAGCAAAGGCAGGGAUGCGGAGGACUGAACCUGCUACCCCAGUCGCCAAGGCCACUCCAGAAGCCCCCAAGGGCAGGGAGGCAGAGGAGCUGGUGGGCAAGCCUUACUCUCAGGACCUGUCUCGGAGCCCACAGAGCCUCAGCGACACGGGCUAUUCCUCCGACGGUGUUUCUAGUUCUCAGAGCGAGAUCACAGGCAUUGUGAAGCAGGAGGUGGAACAGCUGGACAGUGCAGGGGGGACAGGACCACACCCACCCAGCCCCACCAAGCUUCACAAGGUGGGGAGCAGCGUGAGGCCCUCACUGGAGGCUGAGGGCCUGGCCCCUGGCGGUGAGCAGAGCAAGAAGCCACCCUGCAGCAGUGGUGGCGAGGACCAGAAGCGGAGGCCCCAUUCCUUGUCCAUCAUGCCAGAGGCCUUCGACUCUGAUGAGGAGCUGGAAGACAUCCUGGAGGAAGAGGAAGAUUCUAUGGCAUGGGGGCACCAGAGGGAGCAGCGGGACACGGCUGAGUCCUCAGAUGACUUUGGCAGCCAGCUGAGGCACGAUUAUGUGGAGGACAGCAGUGAGGGCGGCCUGUCCCCUCUUCCGCCCCAGCCCCCAGCCCGGGCAGAACUGACUGACGAGGAAUUCAUGCGACGGCAGAUCCUGGAGAUGAGCGCCGAGGAAGAUGACCUGGAAGAGGAUGAGGCUGCCUCCUCCAGGCACGGCUUGGCUAAACACAGCACCCAGAAGGGUGGCCCCCGGCCCAGGCCUGAGCCCAGUCAAGAGCCAACAGUGCUGCCCAAGAGGCGGCUGCCCCACAAUGCCACCACGGGGUACGAGGAGCUGCUCUCCGAGGUGGGCCCGGCAGAGGCCGCCGACGGCAGUGGGGCGCUGCAGGGUGGGCUCCGCCGCUUCAAGACCAUCGAGCUCAACAGCACGGGCAGUUACGGCCACGAGCUAGACCUGGACCCGGGCCCUGACCCCAGUCUGGACCGGGAGCCUGAGCUGGAGAUGGAGAGCCUGACGGGCUCUCCUGAGGACCGUUCCCGCGGGGAGCACUCCUCUACGCUGCCAGCCUCCACGCCCAGCUACACGUCAGGCACCUCUCCCACCUCCCUGUCCUCGCUGGAGGAGGACAGUGACAGCAGCCCCAGCCGGCGGCAGCGGCUAGAGGAGGCAAAGCAGCAGCGCAAGGCCCGGCACCGUCCCCACGGGCCCCUGCUGCCCACCAUCGAGGACUCCUCAGAGGAGGAGGAGCUGCGAGAGGAGGAGGAGCUGCUGCGGGAGCAGGAGAAGAUGCGGGAGGUGGAGCAGCAGCGCAUCCGCAGCACGGCCCGCAAGACCCGGCGCGACAAGGAGGAGCUGCGGGCACAGAGGCGGCGCGAGCGCUCCAAGACGCCCCCCAGCAACCUGUCGCCCAUCGAGGACGCCUCCCCAACGGAGGAGCUGAGGCAGGCGGCUGAGAUGGAGGAGCUGCACCGCUCCUCCUGCUCUGAGUACUCCCCCUCCCCGUCCCUGGACUCAGAGGCAGAGGCCCUGGACGGUGGGCCCGCCCGGCUCUACAAAUCAGGCAGCGAGUACAACCUGCCCACCUUCAUGUCCCUCUACUCGCCUACCGAGACUCCUGCGGGCAGCACCUCCGCCCCCGGUUCCGGCCGGCCCCUCAAGAGCGCCGAGGAGGCCUACGAGGAGAUGAUGCGGAAGGCCGAGCUGCUCCAGCGGCAGCAGGGCCGGGCGGCAUCGGGCCGGGGGUCCCACGAUGGCCCCUCGCAGCCCGUCGGCCCUCGGGGCCAGGGCUCCUUUCAGUACCAGGACUCCGCAGAGCACAACUACGGCGGGGCUACUCAGACGGCCUUGGAGGGCAGCGCUGGGCUCGGAGCAGUGGUGUACCGGGAGAUCCUGCAGACGUCCCAGAGCAUUGCCCGCAUGCGUCAGGCCUCCUCUCGGGACCUGGCCUUUGCUGAGGACAAGAAGAAGGAGACGCGGUUUCUGAACACCGACAGCGCGUACAUGGACCCGAUGAAGCAGAACGGUGGUCCGCUCACCCCUGGGACCAGCCCCACCCAGCUCACUGCCCCUGUGUCCUUUUCCACCUCCUCAGACGGCAGUGGAGGCCGGGUCAUCCCUGAUGUCCGAGUUACUCAGCAUUUUGCAAAGGAGCCUCAGGACCCCGUCAAACUGCACGGCUCUCCGGCCUCUCCCGGCUCCGCCUCCAAGGAGGUAAACGCACCCUUCUCCCAGGGGGCCGGGAUCCCCGCCACCACCGCCACGGCUCCCUGUCCAGCUGGCCUGCCACGAGGAUAUAUGACUUCCCCUGCCAGCUCUGAGCGCAGCCCUUCACCAUCUGCCCCGGGCCGUGGCUAUGGACAAGGCCCAGCCACAGCAAAUUACGGGUCCCAAACAGAGGAGCCCCCCCUGGCUCCCGGUGCACGGACUGCCCGAGAGAAGCCCCUGAGUGUGAGUGACGGUGAGAGUGGUGUGCCCCAGCCCUCCCGGGGAUAUUCCUACUUCAUGGGCUCCAGCCCACCGCUCUCCCCGUCUUCUCCCUCAGAGAGUCCCAAGUUUGCCCCUGGCAAGGUGGGCCCAAGGGCCACAGCAGAGUUCUCUACGCAGACGCCGAGCUCAGCCCCUGCCUCAGACAUGCCACGGAGCCCGGGUACCCCCAUCCAGACACCCAUGGUGGCUCAGGGUACACAGACACCACACAGACCCAGCACCCAUCGCCUGGUGUGGCAGCAGGCCUCUCAGGAGGCCCCCAUUAUGGUCAUCACGCUGGCGUCAGAUGCCUCCAGCCAGACCAGGAUGGUUCAUGCCAGUGCCUCCACCUCCCCAGUGUGCUCACCCACUGACAGCCAGCCCACCACCCACAGCUACAGCCAGACAACGCCACCAAGUGCGUCCCAGCUCCCCCCAGAGCCGCCCGGGCCCCCUGGCUUCCCACGAGCACCCAGUGCUGGUGCAGACGGGCCCCUGGCGCUGUAUGGCUGGGGUGCCCUCCCCGCUGAGAACAUCUCCUUAUGCCGAAUCUCCUCCAUCCCUGGAACAUCCAGAGUGGAGCCAGGCCCCAGGCCUCCCGGCACAGCUGUGGUGGACCUGCGCACAGCUGUCAAGCCGACACCCAUCAUCCUAACGGACCAGGGCAUGGACCUGACCUCUCUUGCUGUGGAAGCUAGAAAGUAUGGCCUUGCCCUGGAUCCAGCCCCAGGUUGUCAGUCAACUGCUGUGCAGCCCUUGGUCAUCAACCUUAAUGCCCAGGAGCAGACCCACACCUUCCUCAGCACUGCCACCACCGUGAGCAUCACCAUGGCCUCCUCUGUGCUCAUGGCUCAGCAGAAGCAACCUGUGGUCUAUGGAGACCCCUUCCAGAGCCGACUUGACUUUGGUCAGGGUACAGGUAGCCCUGUGUGUCUGGCCCAGGCUAAACAGGUGGAGCAGGCUGUUCAGACUGCCCCCUACCGAGGUGGGCCCCGGGGAAGACCCCGGGAGACCAAGUUUGCCAGAUACAACCUGCCUAACCAAGUAGCGCCUCUGGCCAGAGGAGAUGUUCUGAUCACCCAGAUGGGGCCCACCCAGAAUGUCGGCCUCAAGUCAGGCCCAGUGCCAGAGUCUGGCACCGACCCCCAUCGGGCCACCCCUCCAGAACUUCGGUCACAUGCUCUGCCAGGUGCCCGGAAGCCACACACAGUAGUGGUCCAGAUGGGAGAGGGUGCAGCAGGCACUGUGACCACACUGCUCCCAGAGGAGCCCGCGGGUGCCCUGGACCUCACUGGCAUAAGGCCAGAGAGCCAGCCGGCCUGCUGCGACAUGGUCUACAAGCUCCCUUUCGGCAGCAGCUGCACAGGUACCUUCCACCCCACCCCCAGUGCACCUGAGAAGAGCAUGGCAGAUGCUGUUGGCCCACCGGGGCAAAGCGGUGGUCCCUUCUACAGUUCUCGAGACCCUGAACCUCCCGAGCCCCCCUCCUACCGGGCCCAGGGGGUAAUGGGGCCUGGGACUCAGGAAGAGCAGAGGCCCUACCCACAAGGCCUCCCUGGAAGGCUGUAUUCUUCCAUGUCUGACACCAAUUUGGCUGAGGCUGGUCUCAGCUUUCAUGUGCAAAGACUUGGACAGCUCUUCCAUGGCCCUGGACGGGACUCGGCUAUGGACCUUAGCUCGCUCAAGCACUCCUACAGCCUGGGUUUUGCCGACGGCCGCUACCUGGGGCAGGGCCUUCAGUAUGGCUCGUUCACAGACCUGCGUCAUCCCACAGACCUCUUGGCCCACCCCCUUCCCAUGCGGCGCUACAGCUCAGUGUCAAACAUCUACUCGGACCACAGAUAUGGCCCGCGAGGAGAAGCAGCGGGCUUCCAGGAGGCCAGCCUGGCCCAGUACAGCGCCACCACCGCCCGUGAGAUCAGUCGCAUGUGUGCUGCCCUUAAUUCUAUGGACCAGUACGGAGGGCGGCGUGGCAGCAGUGGUGGUCCUGACCUCAUGCAAUAUCAAGCCCAGCCCGGGCCUGGACUCAGACCUGGGCUUCUUGGGAAUCCCACCUUCCCAGAGGGGCACCCAAGUCCUGGGAACCUGGCCCAGUACAGACCUACAGCAGGUCAAGCAACAGCAGUCAGACAGCUGCUGCCGUCCACAGCUACUGUGCGUGCUGCCGAUGGCAUGAUCUACUCGACUAUCAACACCCCGAUCGCCGCGACACUGCCCAUCACCACCCAGCCUGCCUCAGUACUGCGGCCCAUGGUUCGCAGUGGCAUGUACCGGCCGUAUGCAUCUGGUGGAGUAGCAGCCGUGCCCCUUACGAGCCUGGCACGUAUGCCCAUGAUUGCUCCCCGGGUUCCUCUGGGGCCUCCGGGAAUGUAUCGGUACCCUGCGCCAGGCAGAUUCCCCGCCGCCCCCAGUGUGCCACCUGCUGAUGGUCCCGUCUACCUGGGGAAACCUGCCACUGCCAAGGCCCCAGGGGCCGGGGGCCCAGCAAGGCCAGAGCUGCCAGCUGGGGCUGCACGGGAAGAACCUCUUUCCACAACCACCCCUGCGGCCGUCAAAGAGGCCCCGGCCCCCGCCCCGGCCCAGCUGACCGGUCCAAAGCCACCAGGGGAGGCUGCUCCAGGGGUCAUCAGCGGGGCCCUCAGCCGGCCAGGGCUCGAGAAGGAGGAAGCGUCACAGGAGGAAAGGCAGCGGAAGCAGCAGGAGCAGCUGCUACAACUGGAACGAGAGCGGGUGGAGCUGGAGAAGCUGCGGCAGCUGCGGCUGCAGGAGGAGCUGGAGAGGGAGCGCGUGGAGCUGCAGAGGCACCGGGAGGAGGAGCAGCUGCUGGUGCAGCGCGAGCUGCAGGAGCUGCAGACCAUCAAGCACCACGUGCUGCAGCAGCAGCAGGAGGAGCGCCAGGCUCAGUUCGCUCUGCAGAGGGAGCAGCUGGCACAGCAGCGCCUGCAACUGGAGCAGAUCCAGCAGCUGCAGCAGCAGCUGCAGCAGCAGCUGGAGGAACAGAAGCAGCGGCAGAAGGCCCCCUUCCCCGUGGCCGGCGAGGCUCCUGGCCGAGGGCCUCCCGCAGCUGCUGCUGAGCCAGCUCAGAAUGGCCAGUACUGGCCACCCCUGACCCACACGGCCUUCGUUGCCGUGGCGGGGCCUGAAGGGCCGGGGCAGCCCCGAGAGCCCGUGCUGCACCGCGGUCUCCCCAGCUCUGCCUCUGACAUGUCACUGCAGACGGAGGAGCAGUGGGAGGCGGGCCGCAGUGCCAUCAAGAAGCGGCACUCUAUGCCUCGCCUUCGGGAUGCCUGCGAGCAGGAGCCGGGGCCUGAGCCCUGUGUGGUCAAGAGGAUCGCAGACAGCAGCGUGCAGACCGAUGAUGAGGAUGGCGACGGCCGCUACCUUCUGACCCGGAGACGCCGCACACGGCGGAGCACUGACUGCAGCGUGCAGACCGACGACGAGGACAGCGGCCAGUGGGAACAGCCGGCGAGGCGCCGCCGGUCCCGCCUCUCCCGCCACUCGGACUCUGGCUCGGACAGCAAGCAUGAAGCCUCGUCAGCCACGGCCGCUCUGCGGGCCAUGAGCAGCGUGGGCAUCCAGACCAUCAGUGACUGCUCUGUGCAGACGGAGCCCGACCAGCUGCCCAGGGCCUCUCCGGCCAUUCGCAUCACGGCUGCCACCGACCCCAAGGUGGAGAUCAUCAGGUACAUAUCGGCACCAGAGAAGACGGGACGGGGGGAGAGCCUGGCCUGUCAGACGGAGCCAGACGGACAGCCCCAGGGAGUGGUCGGACCUCAGCUGGCAGGGCCAGCUGCCAUCAGCCCCUACUUGCCUGGCAUCCAGAUCGUCACCCCAGGGCUCCUGGGCAGAUUCGAGAAGAAGAAGCCAGACCCCUUGGAGAUUGGCUACCAAGCCCACCUGCCCCCAGAGUCCCUCUCACAGCUGGUCAGUCGGCAGCCUCCCAAGUCCCCCCAGGUCCUCUACUCGCCAGUCUCACCCCUGUCCCCACACCGGCUCCUGGACACCUCCUUUGCUUCCAGCGAGAGACUGAACAAGGCUCACGUGAGUGCCCAGAAGCACUUCACGGCCGACAGUGCUCUCCGCCAGCAGACGCUGCCUCGCCCCAUGAAGACCCUGCAGCGGUCCUUGUCUGACCCUAAGCCCCUCAGCCCCACCGCCGAGGAGUCUGCCAAAGAGAGGGUCUCCCUCUACCAGCAGCAGGGGGGACUGGGUAGCCAGGUGUCGGCGCUGCCACCCAACGGCCUGGUCCGCAAGGUGAAGCGGACACUGCCCAGCCCCCCUCCAGAGGAGGCUCACCUGCCCCUGGCUGGCCAGGCCCCCCACCAGCUGUAUGCAGCCGGCCUACUGCAGCGUGGGCUGGCGGGGCCCCCCACAGUCCCUGCCACCAAGGCCAGUCUGCUUCGGGAGCUGGACCGGGACCUGCGGCUGGUGGAGCAUGAGUCCACCAAGCUGCGCAAGAAACAGGCAGAGCUGGACGAGGAAGAGAAGGAAAUUGACGCCAAGCUCAAGUACUUGGAGCUGGGCAUAACGCAACGCAAAGAGUCUUUAGCCAAAGACCGGACGGGCCGUGACUACCCACCCUUGCGUGGUCUCGGCCAGCACCGUGACUACUUGUCGGACAGCGAGCUCAACCAGCUGCGGCCCCAGAGCUGCGCUACGCCGGCCGGCCAGUAUGCAGACUUCCCCGUCACCGCCUCCGUCCCCACUGCCCUCCUGCAGCCCCAGUUCCCACCUCCAGCCCCGCAGAACGCCGCGAGCAGUGGGGGGCCGACUCAGAACGGAUUCCCAGCCCACCAAGCACCCACCUACCCUGGCCCCAGCACGUACCCAGCACCCGCCUUUCCUCCCGGCACCAGUUACCCAGCUGACCCCAGCAUGCCAAGCCAGCAAGCUUUCCGUCCCACCGGCCAUUACGCGGCUCAAACGCCCGUGUCAACCACACAAAGCACCCUUUACCCAACCCCAGCUGACAGUCGGGCCCCCCACCAAAAGCCAAGCCAGACAACACUGGCUGACUUGGAGCAAAAGGUGCCCACCAACUAUGAGGUGAUUGCCAGCCCUGUCGUGGCCACGUCUGCAGCUCCGUCUGAAACCAGCUACAGUGGGCCAGCAGUAAGCAGCAGUUACGAACCAGGCAGAGCCCCCGACCUGGCCCGGGCCAGUGACCGGAGCGGUGUGAGUCUGGGCCCAGCUCCCUCCUACACCCCCGACUCACACUACACCAGCCUGGAGCAGAACACCCCUCGGAACUACGUGAUGAUCGACGACAUCAGUGAGUUGACCAAGGACAGCGCCUCCGCUGCUUCUGAGAGCCAGCGGCUCGAGCCCAUGGGACCCAGUGGCAGUGGUCGUCCAGCGAAAGAGCCUGGAGAAUCAGGUGUCCUCGAGGGGCCUACACUGCCCUGUUGCUAUUCCAGAGGGGAAGAAGAAUCCGAGGAGGACUCCUACGACCCCCGAGGGAAGAGCGGCCAUCACCGGGGUGUGGAGAGCAAUGGCCGACCACCCACCACCCACUACUACGGCGACAGCGACUACAGACACGGAGCUCGAGCAGAGAAGUACGGUCCGGGCCCCGCGGGACCCAAGCAGCCCUCCAAGAGCCUGGCUCCAGCUGCCGUCCCCUCUAAACGCAGCAAACACCGCAAGCAGGGCCUGGAGCAAAAGGUCUCCAAGUUCUCACCCAUCGAGGAGGCCAAGGAUGUGGAGUCAGAUCUGGCCUCCUACCCUUCCCCUGCAGUCAGCAGCAGCCUGUCCUCGCGAGGAAGGAAGUUCCAGGAGGAGGUCACAUACGGGCUCAAGAAGAACGUGCGCGAGCAGCAGAGGUACUAUGGGGUGUCCAGCCGGGACCCCGUGGAGGAGGGUGACCGAGCGCACAAUGGGAGCAGCCGCUCCCGGGUGGCAGCUGCCUACAGUGGGGAGAAGCUUUCCAGCCAUGACUUCAGUGGUCGGAGCAAGGGCUAUGAGCGGGAGCGGGAGGCCGUGGAGCGACAUCCAAAGGGGGGCCCCAAGCCCUCAUCCCUGGGAACGGCCCACAGCCGGGCCCGACCCCCCAUGCGGAGCCAGGCCUCUGAAGAGGAAAGCCCUGUCAGCCCCUUGGGGCGUCCUCGUCCUGCUGGGGGCACCAUCCCUCCUGGGGACACCUGUCCACAGUUCUGCUCCAGCCACUCCAUGCCUGAUGUCCAGGAACAUGUCAAGGAUGGACCACGAACCCACGCAUAUAAGCGUGAGGAGGGCUACAUCCUGGAUGAUCCCCACUGCGUAGUUUCUGACAGUGAAGCGUAUCACCUGGGCCAGGAGGAGACAGACUGGUUUGAUAAGCCCCGGGAUGCCCGCUCUGACCGGCUCAGGCACCACGGGGGCCACGCCGGCUCCUCCUCCUCCCAGAAGCGAAGCCCCGCCAGGCACAGCUACCAUGACUACGAUGAGCUGCCCGAGGAGGGCGCGUGGCCGCAUGAGGAGGGAGGUCCGAGCCGCCACGCUUCGGCUAAGGAGCACCGGCACCACAGUGAGCACGGGCGGCACUCAAGCCGUCACACUGGUGAGGAGCCAGGCCGGCGUGUCGCCAAACCACAUGUUCGAGACGUGGGCCGCCAUGAGGCCCGGCCUCACCCUCAGUCCAGCCCUGCCCCUGCUAUGCAGAAGAAGGGUCAGGCUGGGUACCCCAGCUCUGCGGAAUACUCACAGCCAUCCCGGGUUCCCUCAGCAUACCACCAUGCCUCUGACAGCAAGAAGGGCUCCCGGCAGGCCCACUCAGGGCCUGCUGCUCUGCAGCCAAAGCCAGAACCCCAGCCACAGCCGCAAGGUCGGCAGGCAGCUCCAGGGCCACAGCAGUCCCAGCCACCACCAUCCAGGCAGACGCCCUCGACGACAACGUCACGCCAGCCACAGAUGCAGCCGCAGCUGCAGCAGCAGCAGCAGCAGCAGCAGCAAAGUCUUGGCCCACAACCCCCCCAGCAUCCCCCUUCACAGGCUCGACUGCAGCAGCAGGGCCAGCCGGCCGCCCGGGGUCCGGCGCCCGCUGCCAGCCAACCGUCGGGAAAGCCUCAGCCAGGUCCCACAGCAGCCACCGGCCCCCAGCCCGCAGGACCGCCACGGGCAGAACAGGCCAAUGGCUCUAAAGGCACAGCCAAAGCGCCCCAGCAGGGGAGGCCUCAGACCCAGCCACCACCGGGACCUGGACCUGCAGGUAUGAAGACCGGAGCCAAGCCUGGAGGGACCCCGGGGGCUCCUGCCGGCCAGCCAGGUGCUGAAGGGGAGAGUGUGUUCUCCAAGAUCCUCCCCGGAGGCGCAGCAGAGCAGGCCGGCAAACUGACGGAGGCUGUCUCCGCUUUUGGCAAAAAAUUUUCCUCAUUCUGGUGACCAUGUCCUGCUGGGCUUCUUUGAAGACAUGAAGGGAGAUGAUAUCAUUGCUGUGGAAAAACCUCUGGAGUCAGAGGCCUGGGCCCAGCUCUGGACUCUGCGUAUAACACAUCUACAAUCUGGCAAUGCCUUGGCCCAAAGACUCACACCAGGUGGGACAUGGGCUUUCUUGAAGACAGGAGGUCCAGCUGCCCGGGUGAAGCAUCUGCUGGACAAAUGGGACCACUGGCUCGGGGACCUCUGGCUGCUCCCAGAGACGCUGCUCUCCACAGGGCACCACCAUCAAGGCGCAGCUGCUGGCCAGGGGAGGCCUCCCCAGACUACAGCGCCCUUGCUGCUCGUCCCACGGCCGCCUCUGCAGCUUGGCCAGCCAGGUCCCCAUGCGUUAUACACAGAGUUGAGGUGCACGCUGCCUGUUUCUGACGGAUGCCACCCUCCCUCCACAAUGCCAGAUGUUUUUCCACAGCCUCAGAGAGGGGCUUUGACUGAGGGCUGGGGGCCCUGGGCUCCAUUUCCUUCACAUUCCAGCUGGCCCGGAACCCUCUGUGGCCACAGGCCCUGCCCCCUCACCCUGGCUUCUGUGGGUGAGAGCAGAGCAGACAUCCACGUGGCUAGUCUGGGCCUGGGGACCGUGACAAACAUUAGGACCUAACACUGUCUCAUCGCUCAAACGAGGCCAUAGCACCGAAUAGCAGCGUGGGCACCGGCUGAGACUUCUCCCAGCCCAUGCGUGGCAGUUGCCAGCACAGCUGCCACCCCCUUGAAGCCAUCCCCCCUCCCAGCCAUCAUCAACCAGCCAGCUACUCGUGUGUGCACCUGGAGAUUUCUUUGGCUUUUCAUACCAGCCUUAAUCAUUUCAGUUUGAUUUACAUGUAUACCUCAUGAGCAUUCUUCUUUGGGUUUCUCCUCCUCCCUCCUCUUUGCUCACCUCCCCGCCUCUCCCCUCCACCACCCCCUCCCUUGUGACUGAUGCUUCGGUUUCCUCUCUGCUCUGCCCCUGGUCAGCACGGGGGAUGUUGACUGAGAAGCAAUAGGGGGCGGCAGGCCACCAAGAGCACAACCCCGGGGCGAGGCCUAGGGAGGCCCCCCGCCCACCUGUUUACUGUACACUAGCAGUCCUUCUUAAGCCAUCACAGGGGGUGUGCUCAGAGCAGAGCGGCCAGGCCCAGCGUCAGCCAUCAUCUCCGUGGUGGGCUGGGCAGCAUUCCUCGCCAAGGCCCUUCCCGUGGGGGCCUCCUCCAUCUUGGGCACAGCCACAAGUCUCAUCUCUAAUGUUCUAUGCAAUGAAAUAUAAACCCUCAAAGACAGCUGUUAAUAUUUAAUAAAUUCCACGUUAUGUAUAAGGAGUUAAUUGCAAACGUGCAAUUAAGAAACCAGAUAGAUAUGCUCAUAUCAAAGCCCCGCCCCCGCCCCAUGUGUGACGCCCUCAGUCUGUGGCAUGUUCGGCCUGUGGUAGGACUCGCUGCUGCCAGGGGAGCCGCCGCCUGUCCCGCAGCAUGCACGGCUCGCAGCCUCUUUGCACGACUUCAUCCAUUUGAAACGCUCGACCCCCUUGCUCAGAGUUCUUUUUGCCUCGGAACCUCUCCUUCAGGGGCGCAUCUAGCCUAGCUGACUUCUGCAGAGCUAGCGAGGACCUGCCAGAACUGUUGCGUGAGUCAGUCAGGUCGCAGGGGGCAGGGCGAGGCCCCACACGCCUGCUGCUUUUUCUGACAGACACGCAGAUGGAAGGGAGCCUGCACAUGGCAGGUUGUGUGAGGGUCCUGAAGGUGUGCUGCAGGCGUCCCAUCUGCAAGUCGCUCCCCCUCUUACCUGAGCCCUGAGCCAGAGGUACCUGGCUACCCCUUCCCAGCAGAGAGAGAAAGAGAGGGAGGAGAGGGGGAGGGGGAGGGAGAGGGAAAGGGAAAGAGAGAGAGAGAGGGAGAGGGGGGGGAGAGAGAGAGAGAAAGGGGGGAGAAGUGUCAAGGGCAGAGCCUGACCUGGUUCGUGGGCCCCCAGCUCCUGACCGCACCUGCCCCAAGCCUCUGCUUUGCGAUGAGGGUGCUCAGAUCUAGGCCUGGGGAGGGUCACCGACUGCUCAGGAAAGGCAGAGCCUUUGGCCUGUUGGCAGAUAGCUGGCAAUGCCAUCUCAAACCAGAGCAAGUGCUCACUGCCGGCUGCUUUUCUGGGGAAGCUUCUCAACAGCAGAAUCAGAGGAGGUCCCAUUGUGGCACUCUCCACACCUAUCCCAGGACCUCAGCCCCCUGCCCGACCUGUUGCUGGGCCUCUGUGUCAGCUUCUCUAGGACUGAGUGCAGCCAGCAGCAGCCCAGCCCCUUGAGGCCCAGCCCCUCCAGAGCCCUGGCUGCGUUUCUCAGGGGUUCACGUUUCCCGUGCUCUCCUGUCAGACCUGCAUAGCAUUUCAGAGAGGGCCCCUGACCACCGCAGCCAUGUGACAGGAGACUAGUCCUCUGUGUUGGGCCUGAGAUUCUGGCCAAGCCGAGAUCUAGCCCUCACCUACCCCACAGGGCACCUGUCUCAUCGCAGAAACCAGGCCUGGGAUGUAGGAGGCCAUCUGAGCAAGGACUGAGGGAGACCACUGCCAAGCACCCCCAGCCACCCAGGGCCAGGUCUGUGUAAGGACUUGGGACGCCAGCACUGAAGGUCAGGCAGGGGGGCAGGAGCAGGGACAGGGCAUGGAAAUGACAGGUGGUGAGCCUCCCUCCAGCAGGCCUCGUCUCAGGUUCUAAACAGGUGACUUCUCAGUGAGUUUCCUUUCUGGCCACACGCUCUGAGUUUGAAGUUCCUGCCAUCUGCUACUCCCCACCCCCAAGCCACCCAACAUAGCCACAAGACAUGUUUGUACCUUGUGGAGGUGGCUGGAACAAGGCCUUGGACCACGGGUGUCCUGGUCCUCGUGUAGAUGCAGUGGCGGCUCUGGAGACACUGUGGCCAGUAGCAUGAGAGAGCUGCGUCUGGUGCCUUGAGCAGUGGAGAGAAUCAAGCACAUGUCCAGAUGGUCAAGGGGCCUCUGGGUUAUGGCGCAGGCCUACUCCACACCCUCGGCGUCAGGAGCCUGGAGCGCACUGCCUCCUCUGCCUGCUCCAGGACCAGUGUGCUCAGUGCUACUCUGCCCUCCCCACUCUCCACUUGGUCCUGGGCAGACUGUAGUUCAGGGCCCACACAAAAGGGCAGCAGUGGCAGCAAGAAUGGUCUGUUUCCUGGAGCCUGUGGGGGAGCUUUCCCAGCACAUCCUUUGCAACUGGCCCUUCCUCUGCCCUCUUGCCCAUCCCCUCUGUAAAUACUUGUCAUUGUGAACUCCAACAGGGUCGGAGCAACAGGCCCAAUCAAUCGAAACUCCUCAGAUGUCAGCUCCGUCUCCCUGGGCAUACCAGCUCUGCUGUCACGUGCAUUGGGGUGGCACUACAGAAGCACGGAAGUCUGGAGAUACUGGGUGUGCGUGUGCUGUGUGUGUGUGUGUGUGUGCGUGCGUGUGUGUGUGUGUGUGUGUGUGUGUGCGUGAGUGUGCGUGUGCGUGUGCGUGUGCGUGUGCGUGCCUGCCUCAUUCAGCCUCUGGGAUCAAAUCGCUCCUUCUCUCCAAGUGCAAUGCCUUAGAGAGUGGUGGCCGCUGAAUGUCUUUCCUCUGCUAGCUUCCACAUCUUGUGUUUGCUUUACCCUCCUUCCUUCCCCUCGCUUCCUUCCUUCCCCUCUCUCCUUCUUUAUCUGAGGGGGGAGAGUGCUGUACAGUCAACCAAACAAGUUUACAGUUGUAAGUGCAAUGACCCGAGUCCUCCACAUGACCUUGUGAAUUGUGUGCCGUCCUCCUGUGCUCUGUGAGAACUCGUGGAACUCAGUGUCCCUCCCCCUGUAUUGUGACAAAGUAAUUCUGUGGUACCAGAAUAAAAGGACUUGAUAUAAACUA